ACUGGGGCUCCCUGGGUCCCUCCCGAGCCUCUCGCCGCCGGGUGCUUGGGGGGGGGGGGUUAAGACUGCUCCAGCCACCCUCUUUCUCCGGGAUGACCCAGGCCUUUUUGACAAGCAAGCUGAUCCCGUGGUGGGGAUUGGCUAGCCGGACCGUGACGCCCAUAACAACAAAGUCCAGGGUAGGGAAGAGAGGAGCCGGAGAGAGCAGAUGGAGGAGUGGAGUCCGCUGUAGGGCUGUGGAGCUUGGCUGGAGGAUGGAGGAGCCGCCAAGCGCCCGGCUGAUUGGAAGAAAAAAGCAGAGCGAUGGAGGCGGGGGUAGGAGGACGAUUUCUCUGCGGGGACUGGCGGCGGAGUCCACGCCCGGGUCGGGCGCUGCAGAGCUUGGCUAGCUUUCAACCAGCGCUCCCCGGCACCAGCCCCACUUGCCCCCCACCCCUGGCCCUCCUGGCGGCUCCGCAGGGUGAAACGCCUUUCACUCCCGGGCUGGCUCACCAGGACAGAAGUAGAAGCUGGACAGCUGGACAAUGAACGGAGAAGCUGACUGCCCCACCGACCUGGAGAUGGCCGUACCCAAAGGCCAAGACCGCUGGUCCCAGGAAGAUAUGCUGACCUUGUUGGAAUGCAUGAAGAACAAUCUGCCUUCUAAUGACAGCUCCAAGUUCAAAACCACAGAAUCACACAUGGACUGGGAGAAAGUUGCCUUUAAGGACUUCUCUGGGGAUAUGUGCAAACUCAAAUGGGUUGAGAUCUCUAAUGAGGUAAGGAAGUUCCGAACGUUGACAGAACUUAUUCUGGAUGCCCAGGAGCAUGUCAAGAAUCCUUACAAAGGCAAAAAACUCAAGAAACAUCCGGACUUCCCCAAGAAGCCUCUGACCCCUUAUUUCCGAUUUUUUAUGGAGAAGCGGGCUAAGUAUGCAAAACUUCACCCAGAGAUGAGCAACCUGGAUCUGACGAAAAUCUUGUCUAAGAAGUAUAAGGAGCUUCCUGAGAAGAAGAAGAUGAAGUACAUUCAAGACUUCCAGAGAGAGAAACAAGAGUUUGAACGAAACCUGGCUCGAUUCAGGGAGGAUCACCCUGACCUAAUCCAGAAUGCCAAGAAGUCGGAUGUGCCUGAGAAACCCAAAACCCCCCAGCAGCUGUGGUACACUCACGAAAAGAAGGUGUAUCUGAAAGUUCGCCCUGAUGCCACUACGAAGGAGGUGAAGGACUCCCUGGGGAAGCAGUGGUCUCAGCUCUCGGACAAAAAGAGGCUGAAAUGGAUUCAUAAGGCCCUGGAGCAGCGGAAGGAGUAUGAGGAGAUCAUGAGAGACUACAUCCAGAAGCACCCCGAACUCAACAUCAGCGAGGAAGGCAUCACCAAGUCCACCCUUACAAAGGCAGAGCGUCAGCUCAAGGACAAAUUUGAUGGACGACCCACCAAGCCACCUCCAAAUAGCUACUCCCUCUACUGUGCGGAGCUGAUGGCCAACAUGAAGGACGUACCAAGCACGGAAAGAAUGGUGCUUUGUAGCCAGCAAUGGAAGCUUCUUUCCCAGAAGGAGAAAGAUGCCUACCACAAGAAGUGUGACCAGAAAAAGAAAGAUUAUGAGAUUGAACUCCUGCGCUUUCUGGAGAGCCUGCCUGAGGAAGAACAGCAGCGUGUCUUGGGAGAGGAGAAGAUGUUAGGCAUCAACAGGAAGCGAGCCACCAGCCCUGCCUCUAAGAAACCUUCUCCUGAUGGUAGCAAGGGCGGUUCCGAGAAACCCAAGCGGCCUGUCUCCGCCAUGUUCAUCUUCUCGGAGGAAAAGCGACGCCAGCUACAGGAGGAGCGGCCAGAGCUGUCAGAGAGCGAGCUGACCCGGCUCCUGGCCCGCAUGUGGAAUGACCUGUCCGAGAAGAAGAAGGCCAAGUACAAAGCGAGAGAGGCCGCCCUGAAAGCACAGUCCGAGAGGAAGCCCGGCACGGAGCGGGAGGAGAGGGGAAAGCUGCCCGAGUCGCCCAAGACCGCAGAGGAGAUUUGGCAACAGAGUGUCAUUGGGGACUACCUGGCUCGUUUCAAGAAUGACCGGGUGAAAGCCCUGAAAGCUAUGGAAGUAACCUGGAACAAUAUGGAAAAGAAGGAGAAACUCAUGUGGAUUAAGAAGGCAGCUGAGGACCAGAAGAGAUACGAGAGAGAACUGAGUGAGAUGCGGGCUCCCCCAGCAACUGCCAAUUCCUCCAAGAAGAUGAAGUUCCAGGGGGAGCCCAAAAAGCCUCCCAUGAAUGGUUACCAGAAGUUCUCCCAAGAGCUGCUGUCCAAUGGAGAGCUGAACCAUCUGCCCCUGAAAGAGAGGAUGGUGGAGAUUGGCAGCCGGUGGCAGCGGAUUUCCCAGGGCCAGAAGGAGCAUUACAAGAAGCUAGCAGAAGAGCAACAAAAGCAAUACAAGGUGCACUUGGACCUUUGGGUCAAGAGUCUGUCCCCACAGGACCGUGCUGCUUACAAAGAAUACAUCUCCAAUAAACGCAAGAGCAUGACCAAGCUUCGGGGCCCAAACCCUAAAUCUAAGCCCACCAUGCAGUCCAAGUCGGAAUCAGAGGAAGAUGACGAUGAUGAUGAGGAAGAGGAAGAAGAUGAAGAUGAUGAUGAUGAUGAUGAAAAUGGGGACUCCUCAGAUGAGGGUGGUGAUUCUUCUGAGUCUAGCAGUGAGGAUGAGAGCGAGGAUGGGGAUGAGAAUGACGAUGAUGAAGAGGAUGAUGACGAAGAUGAGGAUGAGGAUGAAGACGAGGACAAUGAGUCAGAGGGGAGCAGCUCCAGCUCGUCUUCCUCGGGAGACUCGUCUGACUCGGACUCCAACUGAGCCCUGGGGGCGGCCAGGCCUGCCUCUGCACCCCUAGGGGCCUAGCGAAGCCCUUGGGGGGCUGGGGAGGGGUUGAAGGGAGAGUCCCCUCUGUGACUCCUAUUUUUUUUUUUGGCCCCUCUAGUUCUGCCCCCGCCCACCCCCAUUUUUUUUUAAAGCAAAAUGCAUGGGGUGGGGUGAGGGUGGGGGGAGCCCAGGCUAGGACUCUGCAACCUUAGAGAGAUAUUAGCCCUGGGGGAGCCUCCAGGGAAAUGACCAUCAGACUGAGCCAGUGUCUACCCUUCCUUCCUCCUCUACCCCUCUCCCAGGAUCUCGUCACAGUCCCCACCCCUUAGCUGCCCACCCUGGACCAUGGAUCUCACUGCACUUAACAGCUCCUAGCAUGGACAUUGGAAUGGGGCUGGGGGGACGGAGGGAUACAUAGGGGUUGGAAUGGGUUUUCAGGGGUGGGGAGGCCUUGAAGGGUGGAGUGUGGCUUUUCUCACUCCCCACUUUCCCCAUUCAGGGGAGGGAGUUCUGAAACUAUGCGCCCUGCUUACCCCCCACCUCCCCCGUGUGACUGGUUGCCUUGACCACUUUGUUGGAACUGGGGGUAUGGGGACAUUUGCAGGGGGUCCUUUAAGAAAAUGGGGGUGGUCCCAAGUCCUCCUGCCCUGGCUAACCCCCUUGCAGGAAGGCGUUCCCCCUGCCCCUCAGGGCAGCAGUCUUUUUUAUAUAUGUGUAUAUAAUUUUUUUUAAGCUCUGAGCUGUCAACGAGAUGUUUCCUACCGAUCUCCGCUACUGUCUGUCUGUUCUGUCGUUUGGGGGGUUAGGGGGUACUGGGGGGGUGUCAUUUUUUAAAAAUUGUCUUGAGUGUGGAAGUGUGACUGUGGCCUGUAUAUAGCAUGUGUGCCUGUGCGUGUGUUUGUGUGUGGGUGUGUGUUUGUGUGAGAGAGAUAGAAAGAAAUGAGGCCUGACUCCUUGGGCCUUUAAUUAAGGUAGAAAGAAGGGAAAUGGGAAACAGAUUGGAGGCUCCCCUGUCUUGUCUAUCCUACCGUGCCCCCAAGGGAAAGAGGCAGGUCCCCAGUCUGACAAAUUCCAAAUUCUUGCCUGGUAGACGCUUUGUGGGGCAGGGGUGGGGGGGGGGGGGGGGGGGGGUAUGGUGUGGAGGCAGAGACAGGAAAGCUGUAUGGAGUGACUCCCUUAUUCCCUUAGUUUUGUAUGUGUGUGUGUGUGUGUAUGUAUGUGUGGGGUUUUGGUUUCUUUUUUUGGGGGGGGGUAAUGAUUCUCUGACCUAGGUGGCAUGAGGUUGGGGGGUAUCUUAGGCCCUAGGGAGUUUUGUUUCUAGGGAGGAGCUGCAGACUUGGUUCUGGUUAGCUAGGAUGAGGAGUAGAGACCUCAGGAUCUGAGAGUCUAGGGGUGGAUUGAGAACUUCUCACAUGCAUAUUUCAGCCUUCACUCAUUCCUCAGGCUGGGCCCUUACGUCCACCGAGGCAGCCUAGUUUUCAUUGAAAUGUUUCAUUUUGCUAAAGGCUGCUGGAUGCAGCUGACCUCCCCCCAAUUCCUUAGCCUACCUGACACCCCCAACCUACUUUGGAUUUAUUUCUGUGAAUAUCAUUUUUUAGAUGUUUAACUAAAUUUGGAUUUAAAAAAACAACAAUCAUGUCAGUGACUUAUUUAGGCUUUCCAUUUAAUUUUAUCUUCCAUGAUGGGAAAACUAAGGGGCAGAAGGAAACUGGAAAUUGAUGCUGGGUGGGAAGAGGAGAAACCUUGACGGACAGACCCAGUUGAGUGACUGGUAGGCUUUCCCCAAGGUAGCCAGACAAUCUAUGCCCUGACCUCAGGAAAACACAGAUGCUUAUGGGGUGAAUUUGGGGGAGGGUGUUCUCUCCCAUCCCUUUGUCCUACACCUGGAGAUGGUGGAGGGGUUCAUAUGUUUGCUACUUGACUGUGUUUGCCUGUCUCUCUCCAUCCCGACACCCAGCAAGAAAUCAAUCCCACUUCCUGCCCUUAGUUGACUGGCCCUACCACUGUUGUGUUUCAAGUGGACUAUGUUUUAGUAUAAAAAAACAAACAAACAAAAAAAACCAAACCUGGGACUUUUUUCCCCCAUAUUGAAAAAUUCUUACAGUGCAGACAAGAUCGAAGAUGGGUGGGUGGGGGGUGUUGGUACUGUAAGAGGUCACACUAAGUGCAUUUUGGCACUGGGACAAGUUGGUAGGGUGGGUUUUUGUUUUUUGUUUUUUUUCUUUUUGAGGGGAGAGCCUAAGGGAGGGUUAUGGAGGCCCCCCCCCUUUUUUUUCUAAUAUUUAAAGAGUGUUUUGUAGGUUUCAACAACUAUGGCCACAACUUGGAUUUCUAUCACUGGGAAGGGGGGGGGUGAGGGUGGGAUGGCUAGAGAUGUCUGGCUGCGGCAACUUUGGAAGUUUUGUUCCCCCCCUCCCCCCUUUUUUUGUAUAAUAAAGUGAAAAAAGGUUUG